CCGGCAGCAAACCAACGGAGCUCAACUCACAUACCAAAGCCACCGCCCAUCCACCUCUCUAAUCUCUCAUCAUGUCGACGACGUCUGCCUCCCGGCCCAGCGGCCCCACCCUUUUGAUUCCCUUUCCCAACUACCAAUCUGCCUCGCUCUCCCGUGUCAAGCUCUCCGUCGGCGGCUCGUCGGUCAAGUCCGUCAGCGUCUCAUCUCCCCCCUCCUCCCCCACUGCCAAGAUCCGUCGGUCCUGCAUGUGCUCCCCGACGAACCAUCCAGGCUCGUUCCGCUGCAGCCUCCAUAAGGAGCGCAAGCAAGAGGCCCCCGCCGUCGGCCGCAAGCCUGACUCACCGCCUUCGCCGCCGUCGAAGCGCACGGCGAGCCCGUUCGCGCAGCUUGUCCCCAGCGGCAGCGGCUGCUCUAGACGCUCAUACAACGGGCUGGCGCAGCGCGUUCCCAUGGGGAGCGGGCACUGGGCGCGCAAGGCGCUCGUGCCGUCCCACGCGGUGCAGCAGCUGCAGCACCGGAAGCGAGUGGUGGAGCAGUUCCACGCCGGGCCUAGCCGGCUCUCCGCCGCCUCCAUGGCCGGCCGUAGCAACCAGUAAAAACAACAACAUCGUCGACAUACCAUAGCAGCAAGAUACGUACAUACUGAACAUAUUGUACAUAGGAAAGGAAAUUCCCGAAUAAUUCCGAUCGCUGUAUAGAAGGAAGAUCGGUGGGAUCAGUUGGAGUUUUAAGAUCCAAUUCGAUUCCGGGCUGCUCAAUUAGCUAGCCAGUAGAUACUGUACAUACAGCGAGCCGCCUCUUCUCCGCUUCGCUGCACAUAGAGUGAGUUCGUCGUCUCUGCUCCACCUCCACUUGUACAUAGAGUGAGCUCUCGUCCUCUCUGCCCGCUAGCUGUGUAUAGGCCUUCAUUUUGCUUCUGGAUAUACAUCAAUACAUGAGUAACAAA